UACGCUGUUUGAAGGUGAAGGUCUUUGCUACUCCAUCCACUGAAAGCGCGAGCUCGGAUCUGUCAUAGCUGCCUUCCCCCGGAGUGAGUUCUCUGCAGUCAUGUCGCUGUUUACUGAAGUCCCGCAAGCCGCCCCUGUGGCUGUCUUUAAGUUAUCGGCAGAUUUCCGUGAUGACAAGGAUCCCAGGAAGGUGAACCUCGGAGUGGGAGCGUAUCGCACAGACGAUAGCCAGCCCUGGGUGCUGCCGGUGGUGAAGAAGGUGGAGAAGCUGAUUCAGGAGGACGACAGUCUGAACCACGAGUACCUGCCCAUCCUGGGUCUGCCCGAGUUCCGCUCCAACGCCUCCAAGAUCGCCCUGGGAGACGACAGCCCCGCCAUCAAGGAGAAGCGGGUGGGUGCAGUGCAGUGCCUGGGUGGUACCGGCGCUCUGAAGAUAGGGGCGGAGUUUCUGCGACGCUGGUAUAAUGGAGUCGACAACACCAAAACACCCGUCUAUGUGUCUGCUCCCACCUGGGAGAACCAUAACGCGGUGUUUGGCCAGGCGGGCUUUGAGGAUGUGCGUCCAUACAAAUACUGGGACGCUGAGAAGCGGGGCCUGAACCUGAGCGGUUUCCUUGGUGACAUGGAGGCAGCUCCUGAGCAUUCCAUCUUCGUGCUGCAUGCGUGUGCACACAACCCCACCGGCACCGACCCCACUCAGGACCAGUGGAAGCAGAUCGCCGAGGUCAUGAAGAGGCGGAAUCUGUUUGUGUUCUUCGACUCAGCCUAUCAGGGCUUUGCGUCGGGCAGUUUGGACAAGGAUGCCUGGGCCGUCCGCUACUUCGUCUCUCAGGGCUUUGAGAUGUUUUGCGCUCAGUCCUUCUCCAAGAACUUCGGCCUCUACAACGAGCGCGUGGGGAACUUGACCAUUGUGGCGAAGGAUGAAGACAACUUGACACGGGCUCUGUCCCAGAUGGAGAAGAUCGUCCGGGUCACCUGGUCCAACCCUCCCUCCCAGGGCGCUCGCAUCGUCGCCACCACCCUCAACUCACCAGAGCUCUUCCAGCUGUGGAAGGAUAAUGUGAAGACCAUGGCAGACCGUGUUCUCCUCAUGAGAGCCCAGCUGAAGGAGAAGCUGCUGGCUUUGGGAACUCCAGGCACCUGGGAACACAUCACCGAUCAGAUCGGCAUGUUCAGCUUCACAGGACUUAAUCCUAAGCAGGUGGAGUACAUGAUUAAGGAGAAACACAUCUACCUGAUGGCCAGUGGGCGCAUCAACAUGUGCGGUCUGACCACCAAGAACAUCGACUAUGUGGCCGAGGCCAUCCACGACACCGUCACCAAAGUCCAGUAGAGCCGCUGACCAGCCCAGCACUGCCCGCCCACCCACCAACCCUGUGUGUGUGUGUGUGUGUGUCCAUCCUCUUCAUCUCAGGCCAGCCGUCUCACACACAUACACGUCUUAUCUAGAUUCAGGCCAGCCGUCUCACACACACACGUCUGCAGAUAAUAUAUACACACUGUAGGCUUCAUUGGUAGAGAUUUGUGUUUAUUCAUUGUGUCGUCUCCUGUGUGUGUGUGUGUGUGUGUGUGUGUGUGUGUGUGUGUGUGAAGAAACAGCACUUUGUUGUGGCAUUCAGAUCUCACCACAUCUUCAGACACAGCUGUAUGUCUGUGGGGAUCAGAAUAGGCCAGAGGUGUGUGUGUGUGUGUAAAGCGAGAGAUUAAUACUGUUCCAUUUAAAGCACAUUUAUGGGUUUGUCUUCAUUCAAUCAGGGUUGAAGGAGAGAGAAAGAUUGUGUGUGUGUGUGUUUGUGUGUGAGGGGAUCUAUAGUGAUGUCAUGUACAGAUGCUUUGUUUCAGCCUGAAGAUCAAAGCCUCCGUCUCAUUGCACAAGACCUUCUUUCACUGUGUGUGUGUGUGUGAGAGAGAUUGAUAUUGAUGAAUGUAUAGAUGUAUAGUUUCAAUUCAGAAGUUAGCCAGUGAGCACCACACUCCCAAUACUAGCUCACACACACACACACACACACACACACACACCGCACCUCUCUGGGAGAAGUGGCUGUUGUCUGUUAGGAUGCACUAUAUGUCCGUCACAUUUCAUGACAACUGUGAGCUUUGGAGUGUGUGUGUGUGUGUGUACCUCUGACUAUUCCUCUCCUGGUGGACCACUGUCACCUCAGCCGCUAAGCAGACAAACUGAUGAACUUAAUUAUGGAAAUAAAUAAGGAAAUAAAUAAACAAGCUUACUGUACACAA